UUGGCUUCAGAAAAUUUAUGAUGUACAUGUAUAUCUUGACUAAAAUAGUUGUUUCCUCAAGUCAGUGCAUGGAGCAGAGUGAUGGCUGAAGUAUUGCCUUGGCAUUUAUAAGUAUAACUUCUGGAGGACCCCUGACAAUGAUUCCCCGAGGAUUGAUGCAGGUGCGGCGAGUUACCACAGUGCCACCUAAAUUCUUCCCAGAACCUGAUAGCCUCACAGCAAUCCAAAAGCGAGUGCUUUUCAAGGAUGAGAACUUUAUUGCUAUCAACAAGCCAUAUGGGUUGGCUUCGACCCAUGGACCGAAGGUGAAACUUAACCUCGCAAACCACUUGCACAAGUUUCGAUUUGAAAACAGACUGGUGCCGAAUAUAAUUCACCGGCUGGAUGAGGGCACCACUGGUGUUCUGGUAAUGUCUCGACAUCCGGAGGCAGCUCGUAUGGCAAUGAACUGGUUCAAGAAAAAGCAAAUUAAAAAAGUAUACCAUUGCCUUGUUCUUGGCCGACCUGAAAAGAGUGAAGGUGUUGUUGAUGUUCCACUCAAAGUGGGGAUGACAGAUCCAGAUCACAACGAGAAAUACAAGUACAUUAUGGAGGCUAAUGUUGGGUCAGAGUAUGGCAAAGAAGCAAUAACCAUGUACAAGUGUCUGGAAACGUUCGAGGGUCCAAACGGCACUUUCUCCUUUCUGGAAGUCCAGCCAGUUACAGGCCGAAGGCAUCAGUUACGUGUUCACUGCUGUGACGUACUCAAGUGUCCCAUAGUCGGAGACCACAUUCGAACUCAGCAUAAGUUAUACACAAAUACACAUCUCAAGGGUCUGCGCAUCAAGCGCAAGCACUUGCCGCUGCUGAGAAUGCACCUGCAUGCAUCACGGGUAGAGCUGCCGCCAGACUCCUCGGAGGGCAUCACAGAGCCGACUGUCAUUGAAGCACCUCUUCCAGAGCACAUGAAGACCAGCCUCAGCUGGCUGAGAGAGAACGAGAACUGGCAUGAUCCCUACGGGCCAAUUCUCAACUAUGCUGCAGGUCGUGACGACGUACCACAGAAAAAGAAGAAGAGGUUCAUCAACAGCCGUCAUUUACCGGAGGACUAUGAAGAAGCGCAUUUGCACCAGGGACAACGGGCAGAUAGAAUUGGCUAAGCCUGCUGCCAUGUUGACUACUUGAGAGUAUAAAAAUAAUUCUGACUUUAAAACAUUGAAAAUCUCCCUAAACCAUGGAAAGCAUAAAAAUACAUUUUCAUAAAACUGAACAUGAAACGUCAAAUAAAUACUAGUUGAUGGAAGCAUUGUGUCAGCUGGGAUGCGGUGAUAGCGCUGAAUCGGUUGUUGUCCAGUUCUGGAAGUUUGCUGCAUACCAAGAAACUGCGCACAGCAAGCAAACAAGCAGCAGAGACAAACCAAUCCAGUUUAACCACACCUUACACAGCUUUCCUGAAUAGUCCCUACAUAGCUAGACAGCUAGACUCCCAUGCUGAAUUGAUCUUGUUAUUGCUGUUGCACAUCUGCACAUUGUCCCUUGCUGUGAGCUGAUUGCUUUUAAUAGUCACUUUCUUAAGUGCGGAUGUCCCCAUCCAGUAUGUGCUGUGAAGAACUUUGAUCUAUAUGAUGACGUA